AUGAAGGCAAUUCUUCCCCUUCUCUUCGCCUCAGCGUGUUUGGCUGUACCCUAUGCCGAUUACAUCCAUGCUCCUUCAUCGAGAACCCUGAUUCCACCAGUGGUCACCGGCGUGAACGGCUCCAUCACAAACAAGGAAUCUCUGACAGAUUCCAACAACACGCGGCCCGCCGUUUUUCAUGGCCAGUCGUCUAUAACAUUUGAUUUUCAAAAGAAUGUUGCCGGGAUAGUGUCCAUCGAUAUCGCUUCAGCUCCCUCCGACGCGUUCAUCGGAGUGACCUUCUCCGAAUCCAGCCUAUACAUCAGCAGCGAGGCGUGCGACGCGACGGCGGACGCCGGUUUCGAUAGCCCUCUGUGGUUUUCCUGCGCAGAUGGACCAGGUGUCUACACAGCAGCAGAGAAGCACAACCGCGGUGGGUUCCGGUACCUCACUCUUGUCAGCAAUACCACAGCGACAGUCUCCCUGAAUCGCGUGACUGUCAACUUCACAGCCGCACCGACGCAAAAUUUGCGCGCGUACUCAGGCUAUUUCCACUCGAACGAAGAGCUACUAAAUCGGAUCUGGUACGCCGGGGCAUACACAAACCAAUUGUCGACGAUUGACCCGGCCAUGGGCGAUGCUCUCCCCUGGUACCAAAUAAUAAACAGCACGGAGACCAUUUCGCCCCCGCAGACUGUAUCGUGGUGGAGCAACUACACCAUUUCAAAUGGAAGUAGCGUGCUCAGCGAUGGCGCCAAGAGAGACCGAUUGAUUUGGCCUGGCGAUAUGUCGAUCUCCCUGGAGGCGAUCGGCGUGAGCACGUAUGAUCUAUACAGCGUGCGGGUGGCACUGGAUCUGCUGUUUAGUUUGCAGAAGGAGGACGGCCGUCUGCCAUAUGCCAGCCCUCCCUACGCUGAUACAAUGAGCUUCACGUACCACUGCCACAGUCUGAAUGGCCUUACUUUGUACUAUCUGUAUUCUGGCGACCAGGACUGGCUGUCCCAGCAUUGGAACCAGUAUAAACUGGGCAUUGACUAUGCGCUCUCGAGUGUCGAUAGCACUGGCCUGGCCAACAUCACUGCCAGUUCAGACUGGCUACGAUAUGGAAUGGGAGGUCAUAAUAUCGAAGCCAACUCGCUCCUCUAUUAUGUCCUUAACCAAGGACUAAACCUCGCAGCCAUACUGAACGACACCUCCAUCCAACACACCUGGACUACCACAGCAAGCAAGAUAAAGGCCGCUGCAAACCAGCGCCUCUGGGACCGCAAGGCCGGACUGUUUCGUGACAACGAGACCACGACCCUCCAUCCCCAAGAUGGCAACGUCUGGGCCGUGAAGUCCAACUUAACCCAGUCAUCUUCCCAAGCCCGCCAAAUAUCACAGUCACUGCGCGCCCGCUGGGGUAAAUACGGUGCGCCCGCACCGGAGGCCGGACGUACUGUAUCACCCUUCAUCAGUGGCUUUGAACUGCAGACGCAUUACAUGGCUGGAAAUCCCGACUCAGCGUUGGACCUGCUCCGUCUGGAAUGGGGAUUCAUGAUGGACGACCCGCGCAUGACCAACUCAACCUUCAUCGAGGGCUACUCGUCCGACGGUUCACUACACUACGCGCCGUACACUAACGACCCGCGCGUAUCGCACUCGCAUGGCUGGUCAACCGGCCCAACCUCCGUUCUAAUGAACUACGCUGCAGGGCUCCGGUUGAAGUCUGCCGCAGGAGCGACUUGGUUGAUUGCUCCACAGCCUGGCAAUCUGACGUUCGUCGACGCGGGAUUCGCCACGAAGCUCGGUGCCUUUACCAUUGCUUUUGAGACGCGCAAUGGUACGUACAAUCAUCUGCGCUUCAGCACCCCUGUUGGGACGACGGGGGAUUUCAUUCUGCCGGGGGUGAAAGGGACUUUAAUAAGCACCAAUGGGACCAGGGUUGCGCUUAAUGGCGGUGUAGUCAGUGGGCUGAAGGGAGGAAAUUGGACUAUCGUUCCAGGGAACUCAGCCAAGAUGGGAAAAAGAGAUUGA